AAAUGGCUGAAGGUGGAAUUUUACUGGAUCAUGAACAGUUCAGCUGUGUGAUCUGUCUGGAUUUGCUGAAAGAUCCGGUGACUAUUCCCUGUGGACACAGUUACUGUCGGGGCUGUAUUAAGGGUUGCUGGGAUCAAGAUGAUCAUACUGGUGUCUACAGCUGUCCCCAGUGCAGAACGACCUUCACUCCCAGGCCUGUCCUGAGCAGAAACACUGUGCUGGCUGAAGUUGUGGAGAAACUGAAGAAGACAGGUCUCCAAGCUGCUCCUUCUGCUCUUUGUUACGCUGUACCUGGAGAUGUGGCGUGUAAUGUCUGCACUGGGAGAAAGCGCAAAGCCGUCAAGUCCUGUCUGGUUUGUCUGGCAUCUUACUGUGAAACUCACCUCAAACUUCACAAUGAACUCAACCCGGGAAACACACAUAAUAUCAUCAAUGCUACUGGACAUCUGAAGAACAGUAUUUGCCCUCAACAUAAAAAACUGUUGGAGAAUUAUUGUCGUACCCAUCAGCAGUGCAUCUGUCUGCUGUGUGUAUUCGACGAACACAGAGGCCAUGAUACAGUCUCAGCUGCAGUAGAAACGACUGAGAAACAGAAGCAGCUGGGGGCGACACAGAGUCAAUUCCAGCAGAGACUCCAGGAGAAAGAGAAGGAGCUGCAGGAUCUGAGACAGGCUGUGCAGUCAUUCAAGCGCUCUGCACAGACAGCAGUGGAGGACAGCGAGAGGAUCUUUACUGAGAUGAUCCGCUCCAUUGAGAGAAGGUGCUCUGAGGUGAAAGAGCUGAUCAGAGAUCAGGAGAAGGCUGAAGUGAGUCAGGCUGAAGGACUCCUGGAGCGACUGGAGCAGGAGAUUGCUGAGCUGAGGAGGAGAGACGCUGAGCUGGAGCAGCUGUCACACAAAGAGGAUCACAUCCAUUUCCUCCAGAGCUGUCAGUCUCUCUGUGUUCCUCCUGAACUUGGAGACUUACCCAGUAUCACUGUCAGUCCACACGUCUCUUUUGAGGCUGUGAGGAAAUCUGUCUCUGGACUGAAAGAUCGACUUGAGGACGUCUGCAAGGUGGAACUGGUCAACAUUUCUGAAUCAGGUUGUUAAACAUCUUUUUUUCCAGUUUGUAUUCCACACAAAAGUAACAGUCAGUUACACCGUUAGCACUCGGUAAUAUUUGAAAUCCAUCUCAGUCUAAACAUUAUCCUCCAUCCUCUUCAUCAUUCUUCAUUUCUGUGCUUUUCUCCCACUCUGUCUCUGCAGUGAAAGAAGCCCAUACUGUUGAGCCCAGGACCAGAGAGGAUUUCU